GAAACCUAUUUAGAAUUAAUAUUGGAAAAAAAAAAUUAUAUAGUUCAGCUAUAGUUUUGGGAUUAUAAUUAAUUACCAAAUUGCCACUUUGAUUUGCAAAUGCAAGAAACUAGAAUCUCCUCCAAAAAAAAAAGGUGCAAACUUGAAUAUUUCCUUCGUCAGUUUCACUAAACAGACUAAUACAGCAACUCUACCAAACGCCAUUUCAACAAAUUGCUCUAUUAUUAACGAAGGAAGAUAAUGGACUUGUCAACAUCCCAAAAACUCACUCUGGGCUAUGCUGCCCUAGUUGGAGUAGGCGGGGUUAUGGGUUAUAUGAAGAGAGGUAGCCUUAUGUCCCUUGGUGCUGGUGGAGCAUCAUCUGCUUUACUGUACUAUGUUUACACAGAACUCCCAAAUAAUCCAGCUUUUGCCUCAUCACUUGGGCUUGGGGUCUCUACAAUGUUGCUUGGAUCAAUGGGUUAUCGUUUUCAGAAAACGAGGAAGGUAUUUCCUGCUGGAGUUGUUGCUCUUCUUUCACUUGGAAUGACUGGUGGUUACCUACAUGGAAUCAUUCGAAGUCAAAACUAGACGGUGAUAGGGCACCUGGAAGCAUCAUGGUAUUGUCUAGGCUGAAACUUUAGUGAACAAUUUGUUGUCUGGUACUGUUGUUGUCUGAUAAUGUUUGUUGGAGUUGAGAAAGGUGAGGUAUUAGUAUGAAUUAUGAAUUGUUGUUUAAGUUCAUGUUUGUCUGAACAUGAAUAACAAUUUUAUACUCCGUUAAUCACAGUGAAGCCAUUUUAUAGCACAAACUAGUCAA